AAAAAAAUAAAAAAUUGUCGAGAACACCAAAAAUAGCAUGCUUGUUGCUGUGUUUAUUUACUGAAGAACUCCUAAAUUAAACUGAAUCGGGUUUGUAGACCUGCAGUUAUUAUAAAGUAAAAGAAGCCAUGGCUCAAAUACAAGAAAAUUAUGAGGAGAUUGAUGACGAGACAAUAAGUGAAAGGAUAUGGGGCCUCACUGAAAUGUUUCCAGAUUCUGUUCGAUCUGUCGCAUCUUCAACAUCAAGUUUAUCAAAAGUUGCCGCUUCCAAAACAUACAGUUUUAUAAGAUCAGCGUUAUGGGUUGGAACGACGGGAUUCAUGGUUCUUAUUGUUCCCGUGCUGUUCGAACAAGAACGAUUUAAUCUUGAGCAGCAACAACAACAACAUCAGAGACAGAUAUUACUUGGGCCAAACGCAGCAGUUUCGAACAUGCACGGAGGUAUAGGACUUGCCCCACCACCCCCAGCUAAAUAAAUCCAACAAACAUUCAUAUAAUUGAAAAUAAUGAACUAAUAGCGCACGCCAUGUUUUACAUUGGCGUUGUAUAAAAUAUGUAGCACAGUGUUUUGCAAUAAAAUUAAACAAUUAUUUCUUCCU